UGUUUGUGCGCUUCUCGUCCCCGCUGUUCACCAAUUUCUCCAUCAAUUUUCUUUUUUUUUUCUUUCGCCAACAAUUUGCUCAAUAUACUCCAUAUACUCCAUAUACCCGAAAACCCCGAUAUAAUGAUGUCAGCUCUGCCCAACAUCCCCACAGUCCUAAUAACCAACGACGACGGGCCACCCGGCGAAGAAAGUCCCUUCAUCGAAACCUUCGCUGCCCACCUAACAGCCAAACUUGGGUGGCGGGUAAGAGUGUGCAUUCCCGCGCACCAACGCUCAUGGAUAAGCAAGGCCAUCCUGGUCAACGAGCCCGUACACGUAACCAGCCACAAAAAGGACUGGUACCUGGCGACGGGCACGCCUGCGAGCUGCGUCAACAUCGCCCUACACCAUUUAUUCUCGGACAUCGAUCUGGUGAUCUCAGGGCCGAACCUUGGCAGCAACAUCGGCAACACAUGCGCCUUAUCGUCAGGCACAUUAGGCGCAGCCAUGGAGGCGGCAUUAUGCGGCACCAAGGCACUGGCCUUGUCGUUCGCCUUUUAUAAUGGUGAUAUUGCGGAGCCGAAGCUGGGGAAUGCAUGUAGGAUGGCAGUGGAUGUUAUUGAGAAGCUGUGGAGGAAGGAUGCGUGGGAGAAGGCUGGCGCCAGCGUAUUCAAUGUCAAUGUGCCGCUGGUCGAACACACUGCGUGCCCGGUCUUUGUGACUAGGAUGGCGAAUGGGCCCGGUUUCGGCUCGCUGUACAAGCCUGUGGCAGAUGUGGACAAUCUGGAUGGCGUGAAUCGCAUCACUGGGCUCCCCACAAAGAACGUCGCGGUGCUGGAUGACGCUCAGGCACAUGCGGCUGAGAAAGACAGGGUGUUUGUGUUCUCGGCGCCCUAUGUCUGCGACCCGCAGCCCGAGGUCGGCACGGACACGUGGGCGAUCCGCCUCUGCGCCAUCAGCGUCACACCGCUGCGCCCUGAGCUUCGAGGCAUCCGGUCUAUUGGCUGGACAGGAGAUCUUGAAUUCCAAUAAUAAAAUCUGUAUUGUGCUGCUUCUAAACAAGGACAAAAAACGGCUGCGUCGGCUGCACCACGCACCGAGUGUCCUGCGACGCGAACUGAGUGUCCGCAGCCGCAUCCACCGCCUCCGCCUCCAGCUGCCAGAUGGCAAUGUCAAUUGCCCCUGGCAUGCUGCACGCAAACUCGGCAUCAAUCUGGAUCUCGCCGUGCUUGUCGAUGGUUCGGUCAAACUGUGUCGUGCCUACCCACGCCCACGCCGAGCGCGAGCCAGUGUAGUCAAGCCGGACGUCUGCCGACACAUACUCGUCCAGGUCGAUUGGCGAGAUCAGCUCCAGCGAGAGCCGGUACUGGAACCGCCACGAGUGGUUGCGGAUGCGGAUCUGCACCUUGGCCGUGCGCAGGUCGCCGGUCUGCUGAAUCUCGCC